AUGUGGCGAGGAGUGACAUGCGGUCGCAGGCACCGAAGAGUCACAAGCUUUCAUCUAACAGGAAGAGGUUUAGAAGGUUCUUUAUCUCCUUCUGUUGGAAACCGCAGUUUCCUCAGGUCCAUCAUCUUAGAUGACAACCAGUUUUAUGGAACAAUCCCACCUGAAAUAAGUCAUUUAUCACGAUUACAAAAGCUUUCCCUUUGCAACAAUCUUUUCACCGGAGAUAUCCCAGCCAACUUAUCAAGUUGCUCAAAACUAUGGUUAGUUAACUUAUUUUCAAAUAAGUUAUCAGGAAAAAUUCCAAAUAUUUUUAGUUCUCUGCGGAUGAUGAAAACAUUAGUUUUAAGCAAAAAUAACUUCGCGGGUGGGAUUCCACCAUCCAUUGGCAAUCUUGCAUAUCUUGAAGACCUCUAUCUAGGUGAUAAUCAAUUAGGAGGGAACAUUCCUGAUUCCCUCAAUCAGUUGAAAAAAUUGAGAACAGUAGCCCUUGAAAGGAAUCGCCUUAUUGGAGAGUUUCCAUUGUUUUUCUACAACCUUUCAAUGUUAGAAGUUUUACGUAUAGCAAUAAACCAACUUCAUGGCAAUCUACCCAUUAACUUAUGUUUGAAUCAACCUCAUCUCAGGCAUGUAGCAAUAGCUAUUAAUCACUUUAGUGGACCCCUUCCACCGUCGAUAUCAAACUGUUCAGAAUGGAAACUUUUUGAAGAUUCUUAUAAUGAUUUCAAGGGGAGAAUAAAAACUGAUUUUGGAAAACUGCAAAAACUUCAGAUAUUGGGUCUUGCUUCCAAUGAUUUUGAAAGCAACCCUGUUGAAUGCAAGAAUCUCUUUGAUUCUUUGUCCAACUGUAGCAUUUUAGAGUCUUUAGAACUUACCAAACCGGACUAA